AUGGAACCAAAUCAAGUAAAUGUGGAAGAAAAAACUGUUAUUGAUCAUUUUUCUCCCAUUUCUGCUAAUCCACCAUCAUGCAUUAUUUUUCCUGAAACAAAUGCUACACAUUUUGAGCUAAAACCUUCCAUAAUUCAACUUUUGCCAUCUUUUUAUGGGUUAGGUAAAGAGGAUCCAUACAUGCAUGUGAAAGAUGUUUUAGAAAUUUGCUCUACAUUUAGAUUUCAAAAUUUUUCUGAUGAAUCUGUUAGGCUUAGACUUUUUCCAUUCUCAUUAAAAGAUAAGUCUAAAGCCUGGUUAGAUUCACUCCCAGCCCGAUCUAUUUCUACUUGGGAUGAAUUAGUUAAUAAAUUUUUGUCCAAAUUUUUUCCAAUGUCUAAAACGGAUAAUAUUAGGAGAGAAAUCUCCGAAUUUUAUCAGAAAGAUCACGAAGAAUUUUAUGAAUGUUGGGAAAGAUUUAAAGAUUUAUUGCUAAAAUGUCCACACCAUGGUUUUGAGAAAUGGAGAUUGGUAAAAUACUUUUAUGAUGGAUUAUCUCCUUCAAACCGACAAAUGGUACAAUCAAUGCACACUGGAAAAUUUUUGCAAUUUAGAGGGGAUGAGGCUUGGGAGUCUCUUGAGAAUCUUUCUGUAAAUUCUCAACAGUGGAAUUGCCAAGAUCCUAGAUCGAAAGCUUCCAACACACCUAAGAGAGGUGGAAUUUACGAUGUCAAAGAUGACGUAGAUAUUAAAACAUCAUUAGCAAAUCUAACUAGGAGAGUUGAAGCUAUGUCAUUAAGUCAAUCCAUGAAUACUCCUAUACAUAGGAAUGAAAUUUGUUCCUUAUGCUAUAGUACAAGUCAUAGUGCCCAGUCCUGUCCAUCAUUGCCUAUAUACCAAGAGGCAUUUUCUGAAGAAGUGAACGCUCUUCAAACUUAUGGGAAAUCAUCUGAUAGCCCAUUUUCUCAAUCCUACAAUCCAAAUUGGAGAAAUCAUCCAAAUUUUUCAUGGAGACAGAACCAGCCUCCAAUGAAUCAAGGGCACCAGUACAACACGCCCAAUCAGAGUCAAGCCCAACCUAAUAUGCCAUAUCCUCAACAACAAAGAAAAACAUCUUUAGAGGAUACACUACAACAGUUUAUGCAAACCACCCAACAAGCUUUACACACAAAUUCUCAAUCCCUGUUAAAGCUUGAAACACAAAUGGGUCAGCUUGCUACUGCUGUAGCUGAAAGGGAAAAGGGAAAACUUCCCAGUCAACCCAUUCCAAAUCCAAAGAGUCAGUACGAGAGUCAGCCUGAAAGUUCACAUUCCAAAGACUCGGUUGAAGAAUCGAGUCAAACUUUACCGUUUAUUCCAAAAGCUCCAUUCCCACAAAGAUUGCUCUCGAUCAAAAGAGGUAGUCAGUAUGGUGACAUCUUAGAGGUAUUCAAACAAGUAACUAUAAAUAUCCCUUUCUUAGAUGCCAUUAAACAAAUACCUGCCUACUCUAAAUUCUUGAAAGAUUUGUGUACUGCAAAAAGAAACACAAAUGUUCCGAAAAAGGCAUUUUUAACGGAACAAGUCAGCUCCAUAAUUCAAUAUAAAAGUCUUGUUAAACACAAAGAUCCGGGGUGUCCCACCAUUCCUUGUAUUAUUGGUGAUCAUGUGAUUAACAAAGCUUUACUUGAUUUAGGAGCUAGUGUGAAUUUAUUGCCUUAUUCUGUUUAUAACCAACUUGGUCUAGGGGAACUGAAACCAACAUCUAUGACACUUCAGUUAGCUGAUCGUUCUGUGAAAAUUCCUAGAGGUGUCAUAGAAGAUGUUUUGAUUAAGACAUAA